GUGCGUUUCCUGGAGCAGCAGAAUAAGAUGUUAGAGACUAAGUUUGACCUGCUGCACGGUAAGCAGACGGGCCGCUCCAACAUCGAGCCGCUGUUCGAGGCCUACAUGGCCAACCUCCGCCGCCAGAUGGACGUGGUCAACAACGAUAAGACCAAGCUGGACGGAGAGCUGAGGAACAUGCAGGGUCUGGUGGAGGACUUCAAACAGAAGUAGGAGUCUGUCUGUCUGUCUGUCUGUCUGUCUGUCUGUCUGUCUGGAGAGCUGAGGAACAUGCAGGGUCUGGUGGAGGACUUCAAACAGAAGUAGGAGUAUGUCUGUCUGUCUGUCUGUCUGUCUGUCUGUCUGUCUGUCUGGAGAGCUGAGGAACAUGCAGGGGCUGGUGGGGGACUUCAAACAGAAGUAGGAGUCUGUCUGUCUGUCUGUCUGUCUGUCUGUCUGUCUGUCUGUCUGUCUGUCUGGAGAGCUGAGGAACAUGCAGGGGCUGGUGGGGGACUUCAAACACAAGUAGGAGUCUGUAUGUCUGUCUGUCUGUCUGUCUGUCUGUCUGGAGAGCUGAGGAACAUGCAGGGGCUGGUGGGGGACUUCAAACACAAAAAGUCUCAAUAGCCUUCAACAGAUUUGUAAGCAACUGAGACAGAGCCAAGGAGCCUUCUUCAACCUAUUUAUUUAACCCUAAAUGACGGAUGCCAGAACCUUGCUACUGUGACCUAAUCCAGUAUCUCGUCACCUGUUCUUCUGACCUAGAUACGAAGAUGAGAUCAACAAGAGAAACAAUCUGGAGAACGAAUUUGUAAUCCUAAAAAAGGUGAGAACAUCCCAUUUCCCCAGUGACACCUUAGAUUUUGUGUUUUCUUGGUGCAGUCUCUGAAGUUCAACACACAUAUUGGACUCAUUUAUGGACACAAUACCACACUAAGACAUCAACUUGAUGUUGCGUUCAGCGAUCCAGCGCAGCCCCUAUGGGAGCGAGGGUAAGCUAGACAAACACUGCAGAUGAAAGGACACAGAGAGACAGAGACAACAGUAUGACCAAACCUGGCCCACUUUCUACGAGAUGAAAAAACGUUAAGCUCAUAAAAUAUCAUAUCACCACUGAACAAGAACCGGGCCUGGGGUGUUUAGGGGGAGACAGAGAACAUCUCAACCAACCACGUCAAAACCAAUUUCAACAUAAACUAGUAGCUUUGCAAUGAAAUGAUUAAUCUAAAUUGCACCUGGUAUGUUUCGACAAACAGUGGUAGCUACAUUUUCGUCAUUUAGCAGACGCUGUUAUCCAGAGCAAUUAGGGUUAAGUACCUUGCUCAAGGGCACAUCGGCAAGAUUUUUCACCUAGUCGGCUCGGGGAUUCUGGUUACUGACCCAAUGCUCUUAACCGCUAGGCUAUGGGUAACUACCGUUUGUUGUCCUUUCAGGAUGUGGACUCAGCAUACCUGGUGAAAGCAGACCUGGAAGACAGGGUGGGAGCUCUGACUGAUGAGAUCAACUUCCUCAGGACCCUCUAUGAGGAGGUAAGGUCAUCAUCUGACUGAUGAGAUCAAUUUCCUCGGGACCAUCUAUGAGGAGGUAAGGUCAUCAUCUGACUGAUGAGAUCAACUUCCUCGGGACCAUCUAUGAGGAGGUAAGGUCAUCAUCUGACUGAUGAGAUCAACUUCCUCGGGACCAUCUAUGAGGAGGUAAGGUCAUCAUCUGAAUGAUGAGAUCAAUUUCCUCGGGACCAUCUAUGAGGAGGUAAGGUCAUCAUCUGACUGAUGAGAUCAACUUCCUCGGGACCAUCUAUGAGGAGGUAAGGUCAUCAUCUGACUGAUGAGAUCAACUUCCUCGGGACCAUCUAUGAGGAGGUAAGGUCAUCAUCUGAAUGAUGAGAUCAACUUCCUCGGGACCAUCUAUGAGGAGGUAAGGUCAUCAUCUGAAUGAUGAGAUCAAUUUCCUCGGGACCAUCUAUGAGGAGGUAAGGUCAUCAUCUGACUGAUGAGAUCAACUUCCUCGGGACCAUCUAUGAGGAGGUAAGGUCAUCAUCUGACUGAUGAGAUCAACUUCCUCGGGACCAUCUAUGAGGAGGUAAGGUCAUUACUGUAUCUACUAUAUUAACAAUACAAUACAUUACAAUACACAAGUGGUCCUGUAUGGCGCAGGCAGUUGGUGAAAGGUUGUAGGCUCAAAUCCGGCAAGGAUCACAUACACAUACUAAAAAAACGUAGGAACACACUGCACUGUUUACAUCCAGGAGCUGCGUGAGCUGCAGGCCAGCAUCAGGGACACCUCUGUGGUGGUGGAGAUGGACAACAGUCGCGACCUCAACAUGGACCAGAUAGUGGCUGACGUCAAGGCUCAGUACGAAGACAUCGCUGCCAAGAGCCGAGAGGAGGCUGAGAUGUGGUACAAGUCCAAGGUGAACAACAACAGUUGACUAUUCUAGGAUUGAAGUGGUUAAGGAGAGGGAUUUUUGUUUUACUACAUUGAAAUCAAUACCCUUUACACACACUACUGAGCAAUAGUUGCCGGAACCACAGUACAGUAAAAGGACAAUGUGAAAGAAAAAUAUCUCAGUCAAAGCAGUGUGGUUCGGCAGAUAGUUGGAAGACAGUGCUAGAGAACUAGCCCGGGUACCAGUCUGUUUAGCAGUUUAUCAUCCCACUCCUUUCCACUCCUUGUCAUUGCUAAACAUAUAUCUUUGGCAUAAUGACACAGAGUACAAGGAGUGGAAUGGUAGCUAAACAGACUUGUGCCCAAAGCUCCAAGAGAACUGGUCUUAUUUUCCCUCAGUUUAACCAGAUGGCCAUCCAGGCCACCCAGUACGGAGACGAGCUGAGGAACACCAAGGGAGAGAUAGCAGAAAUCAACCGCUUGAUCGGACGUCUGCAGAGUGAGAUAGAAGCUGUCAAACAACAGGUUAGUUAGUUUACUUAUUCAACUCGGUUCACUUAUGCUUUGACCGCUUUGAGGCACAGUAAUAUCAAACAAAAACUCUGGAUGCAGCACAUACCCUGUCGGAUGGGAUUGGAUCUACUUUAUGGGAUGAAAGAUUCAGCAGCCAUGCCAUGGAGUGUGCCCACUAAGACUGUGUAUGCCACUUGGUGUGAUGAGGCUUAAGCAAGCAAGUACUGCCAUGGAGUUAAUGCAGCCUUAACCCUGGUGUUGAUGUGGUGUACCAACCUGGAGAACCAGAUAGCCGAGGCUAGGGGCCAGGGCGAGCUGGCUGUGGAAGUGGCUAAGUCUCUAACUCUAACUGUACCUAUAUAUCCUGUAGCGAGCCAACCUGGAGAACCAGAUAGCCGAGGCUAGGGGCCAGGGCGAGCUGGCUGUGGAAGUGGCUAAGUCUCUAACCUAACUCUAACUUUAACUAUACCUAUAUAUCCUGUAGCGAGCCAACCUGGAGAACUAGAUAGCCGAGGCUAGGGGCCAGGGCGAGCUGGCUGUGGAAGUGGCUAAGUCUCUAACCUAACUCUACUUUAACUAUACCUAUAUAUCCUGUAGCGAGCCAACCUGGAGAACCAGAUAGCCGAGGCUAGGGGCCAGGGCGAGCUGGCUGUGGAAGUGGCUAAGUCUCUAACUCUAACUAUACCUAUAUAUCCUGUAGCGAGCCAACCUGGAGAACCAGAUAGCCGAGGCUGAGGACCGUGGGGAGCUGGCUGUGAAGGAGGCUAAGUCCAGGAUCAGAGAUCUGGAGGAUGCUCUGCAGAGGGCCAAGCAGGACAUGGCCAGGCAGCUCAGAGAGUACCAGGACCUGAUGAACGUCAAGCUGGCCCUGGACAUAGAGAUAGCCACCUACAGAAAACUACUGGAGGGAGAGGAGGACAGGUAAGGAGGGAGAGGAGGACAGGUAUGGAGGGAGAGGAGGACAGGUAUGAAGGGAGAGGAGGACAGGUAUGGAGGGAGAGGAGAACAGGUAAGGAGAGAGAGGAGGACAGGUAUGGAGGAGGAGGAGGAGGACAAGUAAGGAGGGGGAGGAGGACAGGUAUGGAGGGAGAGGAGGACAGGUAUGGAGGGAGAUGAGGACAGGUAUGGAUGGAGAGGAGGACAGUUAUGGAGGGGGAGGAGGAGGAGGAGGAGGAGGAGGAGGAGGAGGAGGACAAGUAAGGAGGGAGAGGAGGACAGAUAUGGAGGGGGAGGAGGACAGGUAUGGAGGAAGAGGAGGACAGGUAUGGAGGGAGAGGAGGACAGGUAUGGAGGGAGAGGAGGACAAGUAA